GCAGCAGCAGCAGCGGCGGCCGCUAGUCGGGCCUGGGAUGCCAAGAUGGCGUCGGCGGCGUCGGUGUCGGUCUUCCCCGGCGUGCGGCUCCUGACCAUCGGCGACGCCAACGGCGAGAUCCAGCGGCACCAGGAGCAGCAGGCGCUCCGCCUCGAGGCCCGCACCGGGCCCGACGCUGCCUGCCUCGCCCUCUAUAGCCAAGAUGACGUUUGCGUGUUCAAGUGUUCUGUGUCGAAGGAGACGGAAUGCAGUCGAGUGGGCAAGCAGUCUUUCAUUAUUACACUGGGGUGUAAUAGUGUCCUUAUACAGUUCGCAACGCCAAGUGACUUCUGCUCAUUUUAUAAUAUCUUGAAAAACUGUCGGGGCCACAACACUGAGCAGUCUGUGUUCAGUGAGCGUACAGAAGAGUCUUCUGCUGUGCAGUACUUUCAGUUUUAUGGAUACUUAUCUCAGCAGCAAAAUAUGAUGCAGGAUUAUGUCAGAACAGGCACGUACCAGCGAGCAAUCCUGCAGAACCACAGUGACUUUAAAGACAAGAUUGUAUUAGAUGUUGGCUGUGGUUCUGGCAUCCUGUCGUUUUUUGCAGCACAGGCUGGAGCAAGAAAAAUCUAUGCAGUGGAAGCCAGUACAAUGGCUCAACAUGCAGAGGUUUUAGUAAAGAGUAAUAACCUCACUGACCGGAUCGUGGUCAUUCCUGGGAAGGUAGAGGAGGUCUCACUUCCAGAACAGGUGGACAUCAUUAUCUCUGAGCCAAUGGGGUACAUGCUUUUCAAUGAACGUAUGCUGGAGAGCUAUCUGCAUGCCAAGAAGUAUUUAAAGCCCAGUGGAAAUAUGUUUCCAACCAUUGGGGAUGUCCACUUAGCACCAUUCACAGAUGAGCAGCUCUACAUGGAACAAUUCACAAAAGCUAACUUUUGGUAUCAGCCAUCCUUCCAUGGGGUAGACUUGUCAGCACUUCGGGGUGCAGCAGUAGAUGAAUAUUUCAGGCAGCCUGUUGUGGACACCUUUGAUAUCAGGAUUCUAAUGGCCAAAUCUGUUAAAUACACAGUGAACUUCUUAGACGCCAAAGAAGCGGAUUUGCACAGGAUAGAAAUCCCGUUCAAAUUCCACAUGCUGCAUUCAGGUCUAGUCCAUGGGUUGGCUUUCUGGUUUGACGUAGCCUUCAUCGGUUCAAUAAUGACCGUUUGGCUUUCAACCGCUCCGACAGAGCCUCUAACCCACUGGUACCAAGUCCGGUGCCUCUUUCAGUCUCCACUUUUUGCUAAGGCUGGUGACACCCUCUCAGGGACAUGCCUGCUCAUCGCAAACAAGAGGCAAAGUUACGACAUCAGUAUUGUUGCUCAAGUUGAUCAGACAGGCUCCAAGUCCAGCAACCUCCUUGACCUGAAAAACCCAUUUUUCAGGUACACAGGUACAACUCCUUCACCCCCGCCAGGCUCGCACUACACCUCUCCUUCAGAGAACAUGUGGAACACAGGUGGCGCCUACAACAUGAGCACAGGGAUGGCUGUUGCUGGGAUGCCCACAGCCUAUGAUCUCAGCAGCGUGAUUGCUGGUGGCACCAAUGUUGGCCACAACAACCUUAUUCCUCUAGCCAACACUGGGAUUGUCAAUCACACCCAUUCCCGGAUGGGAUCCAUCAUGAGUACAGGGAUUGUUCAAGGUUCAUCUAGUGGUCAAAGUGGAGGAACAUCAAGUGCUCACUAUCCUGUCAACAGUCAGUUCACUAUGGGAGGCCCGGCCAUUUCCAUGGCAUCUCCCAUGUCCAUCACAACCAACACAAUGCAUUAUGGGAGCUAAGAGACCCUCACCCCUGAUCCUCUGAACUGACAGCACCAGGAAACCAAAUGAAGAAGAAAAAAAACCCGCCCUGCCCACCUGCCUUCUGCACCUCAGUUUGGCAAUUGCUUCUCUGGAUUUCUUCUACCCCCUGCCUCCCUCCCACCCCCAUCCCCCCCCACCCCAAAUUAGGCUUGCCAGAGAUGUUCUGACCAUUGUACAAUAGAAGACACCCCCCACUUGUUCUUUGAUAGCAGACUUGUACACUUUUUUUAUGAAAUGUUGGAAACUUCAACUUGCUCAACCAUGACUGAGUUCCUGCGCUCACUGUGUCUUACAACCAAUCAUGUUGCUAAUGGUAUCAUUCUUCAACUCUUCCAUGACUGAUCAGCAUUAGGCACAGGUUGUAGAGCAAAGCUGCAACAGGGCUUCUCAGCAGUACUGUGGACAGCCCAGCGGCAGUGCCAGUAACCUGAGCCUUCAUCCUUGCUCCCAGUGUUUUGAACGAAGGGGCUGCAGCUGGCUGUAGAGUGGGCACAGGCGAAAAUCCAGCUGCACAUCCUUUCAUCUACGCGUUGGUUUCUUUCACCCAACCUCCGGGUUCGUUGCUUUGCUAAGACUUAGGAGGAGGAAGUGUGUUUCCUGUCGUGAGGGAAAAGCAAAACGCCAACAAGCCAGGGUCCUGGCUGGCUUUGCGAGGAGUUCCGGCAACUUACUGCUGUAGAUCUUGGGCUUCCGGAAGAACAUCUGAGAUGAGAUGGACUGUUGUGCCACGAGUAUCUUAUCAGCCGGUCUGAUGAUUGCCUGUCUCGGGGGGGGGGGGGGGAAUCUCGAUGUAGCAUCAAAGGGUUAAAAAAAUUUAAAACAUGAAUGUACCAAAAAGAAAAAAAAGGUUGCUGGCUGGAAGUGAACAGUUUGUGUAUCAGUUUCCUGUUGCUCAGCUCAUCUUGACGGCUAUGCCCAGUUCUGGCUCCAUUUCCACCCUGUUUUCUAGGCUGUUGCAGCUGCUGUCUCUAGUCCAUUUUUUCUCUUCAGCUGGGCAGGCAGUGGGUACUGGGUGCCAAGUGGCUUAGUAUAUAGACUUGCCUGCUCCCUGCAGUAGCCACCAGGGACUCUUAGAGUAGAUGGUUCUGGCAUCUGUUAUGGAAGCCCCUUUGUAGUCUUUGUAUGUGUAACCUGUAACCAUUAAUGGUAUUUUCUUUCUAAUUUUCCUUUCAGAGCCACCAGUUGGCAUGUUCGAAAGGAAUUGGCAGGGACCCGUUUUAUGGAGGGGGGGGGAAGUGUGUUUUACUUAGGCAGUUUCCUUUGGCUCCCAACAGGGGCUUGGUGGGCUGAAUUUGGGGGGGAGGGAGGAGGGGGUCUUGUGCAGAAGCUCCAUAGUGGAUGAAUUGUGGGGUCUACACAGUCAAUUGUUAGGUCUGGCUGAUCAAUGAUUUUGUGACUAUUGAAUAAAACUGGGAGGGUUUUGAAGACUUGUUUACAGUGGCUGGUUUCCCCCACCUCAGGUUUUGAUGUGACUCCACAAAGCUCAUUUCCCUUUCGCUCACAUCUUCAAAAGACAAGCCUCUAUUUUUGACAUACAGUUAAGAGACUCUCACUCUGUACAAAGGCUGCCUUUAGGACCUCAGACAAAGGACCUUUGUACCUUUGGGUACAAAAUCCUUGAUGAGGAAACCCAGCAGUUUCCCACCCAUGCCAUUAGGUGUUUCUUUCUACCAGAUUUUCGGUCACCCUCUUUCACUGUCAAAGACAGCAUGUUACAUGGAUACUUUUGCUGAUCCUGUGUAUGUGGCCACAGAGGAUGACAGUGUUGGCUGGAAAAAAAGCUUGGAAAGAGCCACACUCCUCUUAAAAGGCAGUUUUAUUUAAAUUAGCUUUCCAUAGAAAACAAAAUCAAGUAGCUAAACUAAAUCAAAGUAAUCUGCAGUGCUCAACCUCCCUAUCAUUCAAGCUUCCCUCCAAAGAAGCUCUUAUUCUAUUCCUGAUAAUCUACCCUUACUCACCGAGGAUCUAAAUAGUCUCAGCCAUCUGCUGAUUCUGUUACAUCCCGCCGUUACCAAAGAUUUAACCGGAAGGGGAACAAUAGAGAAUCACUCCAUGAAAUCGCUUUCUGCAGCCCUGUCAGGACCUCAGGCCCAUCCUGUGAUGAAGGAACAAAAGGCAGCUGCAUCUAUCCCAUGUAACGUUUUGUGAUGUUAACAGCCAGGCCUUUAAA